AAACAAAGCCCACUCAUUUCUCGUCUAUAAAAAUCGAACAAAGCCCAGUCACUUUCUAUGCAACCGAACAAUCCCUUAUCCCUUGUCCAGCCUACGCCUCUCCCCGCUUUCGGAAAACCCUAUUUUCUUCUUCUUCUUGUUCUUCUUCUUCCCAUUCCCUCCUAUCUCUUUCUCUCCGAUUCACCACAGAAACAAUUCGCUUAUCUCUUUCCGUUUGGUUUUUUCUUUCCCUUUUCUUUUUCCUUCAUAUAAUUACGCUAUUUAUCUGAUUCAAAUAUUUAAAUCUCUGAAGGAAAAUAAAAGAGAAAGAAAAAACCCAACCUUUUCUUUUUCCUUUCUCUAGCAAUAGUAAUCCUUUGGUUUCCGUUGAUUUAGGUUUGUCAUCACGAUUUUUUUUCUAACAGCUAUUCAAAAAAGAAAAAUGGCAAUUGCUUGGUCUGAAAAAGCGUCUUCCAUGGAGGCUUUGUCUUUGUCUUCACCUAUGUCUCCACCCGUCAUCCUAACCCAAGACGAAUUGAAAAAAAUUGCCGCUUAUAAGGCCGUUGAAUUCGUUGAAUCAGGCAUGGUUUUGGGUCUAGGCACAGGUUCCACAGCCAAACACGCCGUAGAUCGAAUCGGCGAGUUGCUUUGUCAAGGCAAGCUCAAUAACAUCAUAGGAAUUCCCACCUCGAAGAAAACACAAGAACAAGCUCUUUCUUUAGGUAUCCCACUUUCAGAUCUCGACAACCAUCCUACCAUCGAUUUAGCAAUCGACGGUGCUGAUGAAGUGGACCCACAUCUUAAUCUGGUCAAAGGCAGAGGUGGGUCCCUUCUAAGAGAGAAAAUGGUUGAAGGAGCUUGUAAGAAAUUUGUUGUUAUUGUUGAUGAAUCCAAGUUGGUCAAGUAUUUGGGAGGGAGUGGUUUGGCUCUGCCUGUUGAAGUUGUUCCAUUUUGUUGGAAAUUCACUGCAAAUAAACUCCAAAACCUGUUUGAAUCUUCGGGCUGCGUCGCCAAGCUGAGGAAUGAUUGUAAAGGGGAGCCAUUUGUAACGGAUAAUGGGAAUUAUAUUGUGGAUUUGUAUUUGAAGAAAGAUAUUGGGGAUUUGCAGGUUGCAAGUGAUGCAAUUCUGAGGAUUGCUGGUGUUGUUGAACAUGGCAUGUUUCUUGAUAUGGCUACUACUGUAAUUGUUGCAGGUGAGCUUGGAAUCACCAUCAAGAACAAGUAGAAACUGAGAAAAUUAUUCUAACUCUUCAAUAUUUAAGACAUUACUAUUGUAACUGGGGAUGGAUUUUUGGAUUCCUUUUUGGCAUCUACUGAUUGAUGAGGAGAGUUGUCUUCUCAAGUUUGGUUGUUUUCUUUGGAGGCAAUUUUAAGGGAAGAAAGGAUUAGGAAUGUUUUAGGAUUUUGAGAGCAGUUGAACUAUGAGAAUGAUGUAUGUCAACUGUUAUGAUAAUUUUAAUCAUAAAAUCUGAUUAUUGCAGUUUUGAUGGUAUUAAUAUGCAUCUCAUUUGGAAUUUCUGACCGAGUCAAAUUGAUAUUUGAGACGAAUCAAUAAAACAUGUAAAUGACAUAACUA